AUGGCUUCAUUUGAUGAAUACUAUUCAGAACCUGUUCCAUAUUCUAAGAAACAACAACAAUCAUCACCAGAUGUUAAAUUCUCUCUAUGGCAUACAUUUAAACGUCAUAUUCCGUAUUUUAUACUUACCAUUAUUUUUGAUCUCAUUCUUCCACUUGUUCUAUAUUUUACUCUAUACAAAAAAAUUGGCUCAGUUUAUGCACUUUUAGUCGCAGGUGCUCCACCACUUGUGAUGAUCGUUCUUAAAGGCUGUAUAUCAAGGAGAUUUGAUAUACUCGGUUUUCUUAUUUUGAUUGCUUUUGUUAUUUCGGCUAUUGUUGCUCUUGCUACAAAUAAUGAUACUAUACUUUUAAUAGAAAAAUCUCUUGUUACUGGUGUUGUUUCUAUUGUUUGUGCUAUAACAUUAUUUCCAUGUUCAUGUUGGCCAUGUGGAUAUUUGCCAUUUCGCUGUUGUCCACGUCGAUGUGUUUGGCGACCAAUUGCUUACUUUUUUUAUAAAGAUUUAUUGCCAACAAAACGAAAGGAUGUUGGUUUACCUGAUGAUAUAUUUGAUGAUCGAUCAAAAGCAAUGAAUGGACAAUAUGUAGAUGGUAUUUCAGAACGGAGAGCAGAACGGAAAGCAAAACGGAACGCUGAAAAAAAGGAAGUUAAACAAGUUUAUGACUGGAUUUACACAAACUGUCGAUCAUUUCGUUGUUCAUGUUAUAUAUUGACAAUUAUUUGGUCAGUAGGAUUUAUGUUAGAAUUUCUUGCCCGACUUGCACUUAUUCUUGCUCAUUUAACCACCAAAGAAAUUGUUAUUUGGAGCCAUGUUAUUCUGGGUGUAGUGAGUCAAGGAAUUGCAAGUCCUAUUCAGCCAUAUACUAGCUACAAAUAUUCAAUUGAACUUCAAAAUAAUGUAGCUGAUCUUUGGUGGACAGUAGAUGAAACAAAACAAGAAAUUACGUUUGAAUUACACAUAAAAACAACGGGAUGGAUUGCUUUGGGCAUUAGUCCAGCUGGUGGAAUGAAAGGUGCUGAUAUUGGACUUGGAUGGAUUGAUCAAUCAGGUCAAGUUCAUUUUCAAGAUCGACAUGCAUAUAAUAAUUCACGACCAGUCGUUGAUACUACAACAAGUGAUUGGUUUGCACUUCAAGGUCGUGAACAAAAUGGUUGGACAGUAAUUCAAUUUAAACGUUUACUUGAUACUUGUGAUACAAUGGAUGUUCCAAUCAAGUCCGGUACACAUAUUCUUAUUUUUGCUUAUGGUCUUGAAGAUCCUGAUAUGUCAUCACCAGAUGGUAUGAUUUACUAUCAUGAUAAUCGACGAGGUUCACGUAUAAUUCCACUACGAUCGUAUGGUAAUCCAUCACCUGAUGAAAAGUUUGCUGGACUUGAUUAUUUCGACUUCCGAUUGAAAGAUUAUAUUUUACCAUCAAAUGAUACUACAUAUCAUUGUAAAGUCUACAAAAUACCAGCAAGUCUAAAAGAACGAAGACAUGCAAUUGCUCAUAAGACAAUAAUUGAUCCAGCUAAUGUAGAUCUUGUUCAUCAUUUAUUGAUGUUUGAAUGUAAUCCUACAGUUGUAUUUGAUGAUAAUAAUUUACCAGAUGGUGAGUGUGAUGACAUUUAUAGACAAAUUCAGGAAUGUGCUGGCAAUAUUGCCACUGGAUGGGGUGUUGGUGGUGAAAGUAUUGUAGAAUUUCCAGAGAUUGCUGGUUAUCCAGUUGGAGGUGAUUUUGAAAUCAAAUAUUAUAUGGUACAAAUGCAUUAUGAUAAUCCAAAGAAAAUGUCAAAUCGUCGUGAUAGUUCUGGUAUUCGAUUCUAUCUUGGAAAUGAACUUCGUCAACAUGAUCUCGGUUAUCUCACACUUGGAACAGAUUCAAAUGCUGUUGGUAUUGCGAUUCCACCGGGUGCUAAUCGAUUUAUUCUUGAUUCAUAUUGUCCAGCAAGUGCUACAAAUCAAUUUCCUAAAUCAGGAAUAACAGUUACGACCGCUUUUCCACAUACACAUUUGCAAGGUACUAGUGUAUGGACUAAGAUAAUUCGUGAUAAAAAAGCUGUGGAUUAUUUAUUCAAUGGUGAAUCAUAUGAUUUUAAUUAUCAAUUUGAAAAUCGUCUUCCAAAACCAGUUCAAUUAUAUCCAGGAGAUGAAUUUGCUACUCGAUGUAUUUACAAUACAAUGAAUAAAGACGAAAUAACUCUAGGUGGUGAAAGAACAAAAGAUGAAAUGUGUUUACAUAUGUUUACUUAUUAUCCUCGAAUGAAUCAUUUCUAUGGUUGUAUGAACACUAAUUCUGAGAAAGCAUGGAAGCAAAUAAUGAAUGUUACUGAUCCAUUGGAGGACUAUAUGAAAUUUCAACAAUUGUUAAAAGAUUUAAAAUGGACACCAGAAUCUAUAAACAAAUGGCAAGAAUUUUAUGAUAAUGCUCCACGUCUUCUUAUUGGUGGUCGUGCAGGCAAUUAUACUUUGGAAGAACUACCAAAAUUACCAGAAUAUAUUGAUUUAAAAUCAGAAAUAUGCAAAAAAGUCAUUUCAAGCAAAGGUAUCCAUCAAACGUCAUUUGUUUCAUUAACAAUUAUUUUGUUUUUAAUUACGUUAACAAAAAACUUUUUUUAA